AUGGCGGCCGGCAGUCCCAUAACCCCAAAGCCCUCUUAUGCAGCCACCCUAGCCGCUGAUUCCCCUCUUCCUUUUGCAAUAGCCGAUCUGCCAGCACCCUUCACAGAAGAUGGCUUGGUCUCUGUCCGUAUUUUUGAAGAGCCAUUUCUCCGGGGACUUGAUCGCUGCAAGACCAACCUGAUCGGUCGUGCCACGGUACCAACCAAAACUCCAGAAUUGGUUCAGCAACUGAAAUCGCUUUGGUCUAAUCUCAAUCCUUGGACUGUAGCGCCGCUUGGACGUGGCUUUUUCAUGCUUCAGUUUAGCACGUUGAUUGACAUGCAACGAGUUUGGUCCUUGGGUUCUGUCCGUCUCAGCUCUGGGAUGCUUCGUUUAAUCAAGUGGUCGCCUGACUUCUCUCCACUAACGUACAAAAACUCCUUUGCCCAAGUAUGGAUUCGCUUGUGGGAUUUGAGUUUUGCAUACUGGGAUCAGCAAACCCUUUUCGAAAUUGCUUCAGGGAUUGGUACUCCUUUGAAGCUCGAUCCCCGUACAAAGAAUCGUACGAAUGGCUUGUAUGCCAAAAUCCUAGUCGAUGUAGACUUCUCGCAAUCGCCUCCGGAUAAACUUAGAAUAACUCGAGCUAAUGGUGAAGUGGUAAUAGUUGGAGUCGAAUUUGAAUCUGUGCCGGCUGUUUGUAGUAAGUGUGGGAUUGUAGGCCAUGUUGCUUCCUCUUGUCAGGUCAUUCAGGAGGCUAAUAUUGAUAUACCAACUCUGCGAGGACGGUCAGUAGAGCGGACUACUCGUAGGCGCCGUAAAGCUAGGUCACGUAAGACUGAUUCUGCUGCAGUCCCAAUAUCUACAUCAACGCAGGUUGUAAUCCCAGGCUUUGAAUCACUACCCUCUAUGCCGGAUGCGCGCACCAUUGCCCAUGUUUCUCAGCACAAUGCCUUACAGCAGACUGAACAGCUCAUCGAGCCGUCUGCAGAACCCAUUAGGGCUCAGGCAGGAGACGCACAAGUGCAAAGAGUAGAGGAAGUGCAGGCCUCCUCCUCGCUAAGUGUGCCUCCAGGUUUUCAAAGAGUUUUGCCGGGAACAGAACAAGAGUUGGUUCCCUUGGAUGAAGUGAGUUCUGCCUGUGUCCAUACUGUGGAAGUGGAAGAGGGAGAGUUCACUCCAGUCAUCUCCAAGAAAAACAAAAAAUUGCAGAAAUAUGAGGCAGUCUUGAAGCCUAAGGCAGUUCUUCCCAGCUCUCUCUGGAAAAUGUUAAAUCUUAGUUUAUGUGCUACUAAUGAUCGGGGGUCACAAGCCCCAAAUCUGUGGUUGUUAUGUCCUAUUGAUGUCAGGCCCACUCUUCUCUCUGCAACUGACCAACAGAUAACAAUUUCUUGCUCUCUAGAUGGUGUUGCUUGUACCAUUACAGCAGUUUAUGCCAGAACUACAAUUCAGGGUCGACGUCAACUAUGGCAUGAUUUGUCGGUUAUUCAUCAAAAUGGAAUUCAGGGGCCGUGGUUGAUGCUUGGUGAUUUUAAUUGUGUUCUUGGUGCACAUGAAAAACGGGGAGGGAAUGUGCCCAAUGCUAUAGCUUGUCGGGAUUUCCAGCAAAUGUGUACUUCUUGUGGCAUGUUGGAUAUUGACACCAAAGAAGUUUUCUAUACUUGGUCGAAUGGCAGAACUGAUGUCAGACUUGACAGAGCUUUUGGAAAUUCUGACUGGUUUGAAGCAUGGGCAGCCUUUGAGUGUCGUGCCCUUACCAAGGCCUCUUCUGAUCAUCACCCUAUCAUGGUUACUUGUUCUCGGCUGACUUUUAUUCCCCAUGCUCCAUUCCGAUUUCAAGGUAUGUGGCUGCAGCAUCCGGGUUUCCUUGCUAUGGUGAGAGAUUUUUGGACUAGUCUUGCAAUUUAUGGUUGCCCAAUGUAUAUUCUAGCAACUAAACUUCGCGCUUUGAAAGCUAUGCUAAAGGCCUGGAACAUUAAUUCCUUUGGUGAUAUUAAUCAAAGAGUUAAAGCUUCUAGGGCUGCUUUGGAUAGUGUGCAGCAAGAAAUUUCAGAUUUGGGACCUACAGAGGACAGAAUUAGGUGUGAAGAGAUGGCCACUCUGAGUUACCAAACAGACUUAUCAAUGCAGGAAUCUUUCCUGAGAAGCAAAGCACGUGUUCGUUGGUUAAUUGAAGGGGAUAGAAAUACGGCUUUCCUGCAUAAUCUGGUGAAGAUACGUCGCGUUCAUAAAUCACUAACAUCAAUCAAAGUUGGUUCUCAAGUCUUUCAUGGCCAGGAUCAGAUUGCUCAACAAGUGGUACACCAUUUUGAGGCUUUGUUCAGCAGGGACUCUACUAUUACUGACACAGGGUUAGUUAAUCGCACAAUUCCUGCCCUAGUCACUGAGGCAGAGAAUUUGAGUCUAACAACUAGACCCACAGUGGAGGAGAUUCAUGAGGCGGUUUUGAAUUUGGAUGGUUCUAGUGCCCCAGGUCCUGAUGGUUUUGGGGGUAUCUUUUUUCAGCAGUGUUGGGAAGUGGUUGCUUUGGAUGUAAUUGCUGCGGUAAAUAGUUUUUUUGAUAAUGGCUUCUUUCUUCCACAUUUCAAUUCCAGCCUACUUAUCCUUGUUCCCAAGAAGGACGAGGCUGAUAGUAUCUCAGAUUAUCGUCCCAUUGCACUGGCAAAUUUCACCUUCAAGGUGAUCACAAAAAUCUUGGCUGACAGGCUUGGUAACCCUCGUAGUCUUCGUGCUCUUAUGAAAUUUUUGGAAGAAUAUGCAAUUAACUCAGGUCAGGUAGUGAGUAAGAAUAAGUCAUCUGUUUUUUUGGGAAAAUAUGCUCAGCGCCGCAAAGUUUUUAUUCAGCAUGUUUUGGGCAUCAGAGAAGGAUCGUUGCCUUUUACUUAUCUGGGGGUCCCUAUUUUUAAAGGGUGCCCGAAGCCGUCAUACUUCCAAGCCAUUGCAGACAAAGUGAGAUGCAGCCUUUCUUCUUGGAAGGGUAAGCAACUCUCACAGGCUGCCAGACUUCAAUUAAUUUCUUCUGUUACUCAGAGUCAGCUCUUGCAUAGCUUUCAAGUAUAUUCUUGGCCGCGGCCUCUUCUUUUGAAGGUGCAACAAUGGACACGGUAUUUUUUUUGGUCUGGGGAUCCUUUAAAGAAAGGAUUAGCGCUUAUUGCAUGGGAUACUUGCUGCCGUCCACUUGAUCAAGGUGGGUUGGGUUUAAAGAAUUUAUUUCAUUUCAACCGUGCUCUGCUCCUAAAGAAUUGUUGGAACAUUGUCAAUUCCUCUUCCCCUUCAGCAGCCUUUCUGAGGGAGCGAUUCUUUUCCUCCGACCUGUGUCUAUUGCAGUAUUAUCAGCGUUCCUCUGUUUGGCCAGGCUUAAAGAAAUUAUGGGAUUCCUUCUACGCGUCUGUUCAAUGGUUGGUGGGAGAUGGUAGUAGAAUUUCUUUUUGUUCAGAGAAUUGGUUGGGUACUCCAAUCUCAUCCAUGCAUCGAAUCACGCCAGUGGUGCGGUCCCUUAUGCCUGUCAAGGUCAGUGAUUUCAUUAGGGACAAGCAAUGGGCAAUUCCUUCUACCUUUAAUUUUUUCUUCCCAGACCUUGCUUCAAGAAUUUCUAAAGUGGUGUUGCCUCUGGAGAAUGGGGUGGACCAGGUUAUUUGGCCACAUAAUGCUGCUGGGGUUUUAACUUCAAAGGAAGCUUUUGAUUUUAUUUCACCCCCUAAGCCGAAGGUAGACUGGUGCAAGUUGAUUUGGCAUAAAGCUUUGCAACCGCGAAAAAGCUUGGUGGCUUGGAAGGUUUUAAAUAAGCGGAUUUUAACAGAUGAUUGGUUAGUAAGAAGGGGAAUCUAUCUUUGCUCUCAGUGUUCUAUCUGCCGGUCUCAAGGUGAGUCUUUACAUCAUCUGUUUUUUGAUUGCAGCUUAGUUCAUGAAUUUUGGGUUUGGCUUGCCUCUUUCUUCCGAAUCAGUCUGCUGCCAGGUGCAUCUCUAGUUGAUCUUAUUUCCCCUGACACGUUAAUCGGGUUGGCUAGUUCUUCAAAAAUUCUAUGGAGCUUUGCUUUUUGCAAUGCUCUUUGGUGUAUUUGGACAGAGAGGAAUAAAAUCAGGUUCCAAGAGGCUACUUUUAAUUUAGCAAGGUUCCAGCAUUGGUUUCUAACUUCUUUGAAAGAGUCUGCAUCCAUUCAUUUUAUGCCAUGUUCUAAUGCUUCUUCCAUGCAAGGCUUGUUUGCGGUUCUUGGCCUUUCUUCCCUUACUGUAAAGGCCCCAAAGUACAUUCCAGUGCAAUGGAUUCCUCCCCCAAUUCAGUGGUUGAAGGUUAACACUGAUGGUUCCUUUCGCAGCAUUGAGAUGGCAGGAUUUGGGGGGAUUUUUAGAGAUCAUGAGGGUCAUUUUAGAGGCGCUUUUGCCCAAAAAGUGGAAGCUCCGUGUGCAAUUGAUGCAGAAGUGUUGGCAGUUAUUGAGGCUAUGAGGAUUGCCUGGGCUAAGAGUUGGACUCACAUCUGGCUUGAAACAGAUUCUAUUCUUGUUGUUCAGUAUUUCAAGAAUCCAAAUUUGAUCCCAUGGAGGCUGCGGAUUGCAUGGUAUAACUGCUUGUAUCUCACUCGUAUGAUUCAUUUUAGGGUCUCUCACACUUUUCGGGAAGGGAACACCGUGGCUGAUGCUCUUGCUAAUCAUGGUGCGCUUAAUGAGGGUUACAAUUGGUGGGAUGAUGUGCCUACCUUUAUAGCUAGGCCUUAUGGGCGGGAUUUGUCCUCUAUGAUUAACUAUAGGUUUCGUUGA